AUAUUGAAAACCUCAAACGUCAUAGAGAAAAUAUUUAAAGUUAUAAAUUUGUAGGUUUAUAUUGAGUUUUCCGUAGUUGAAAUGGACAAACUUAUUUACAUUUGUUUAGCUAAAGAAAGCCCAGCACGAACAAUUGAUUCUGAUGAGGAUUUCUAUAACAGUCUUAAUGAGCAAGAAACAGACUUCUGUCACGAUUCAAGCGAUGCAACGGAAACCGACUCGGAUUCUCAAUUUCCAGAAAAUUCAGAACAGUCGUAUGCGCCCAUCGAUACCAUAGCAACUAUGGAAGUAUUGGAAUAUGAGGUGGCUACUGCUUCCGACUCAAGUGAAGCUUCUAAAAGCUCGUCGAGCGGUACUGGGGACCAUGUUUUGGCGGCAUUUGCUCAAGCAGCAGCCGAUAAUUCUUCGGCGAGUGAAUUUGCUAUUUUAGCGGAUACUGAAGAGUCGGAUGAUACGUCACAAGACAGCGAUUUUACACCAGCUGAUUAUUGGCAAUGUGUGAAAUGUAAAAACAAACAGAACAAUCCAAUGUAUCGAUUUUGCGAACGUUGCUACCAGGCAGCCUACAAUGGGGCUGAUUCUGCGAAGCGCGUGACGAGGGAUGACUCCCGCCUGAUUCGAGAAACGAAAGGGUUCAAUGCGUUUCGGAAUUUAUCCAAAUGAAGCUUUCUAUCUAUCGUUUUUUCACCAACUUGAGUCAGGCGAACCGAGUGUCACACGCUACACAGAAUAAGGGAUACCUAAUAUCAAUUGAGGCGCUUAGGAUCAGAGGAGUGCAAGUGCCGAAACGAUGAUUUCGAGAAAACGGGCCUCGAAAGUUUUUUUUCUAAAUCAAAAUUAUCGAAUCACUUUUUCUACUCAAUUUUUGAUGGAGUGUGUCUCAAGAGGUCUAAAAUGAAUGAUUCUGAAAGAAAAAACAAAGUUUUUGUAAUUUUUAAUGUUAAAUAGCGAACUACUUUUUUCUGAUAUUUUUCACUUGCACCCUUCUGAUCCCAAGAAUGACACUUGCACCCCUCUGACUCCAAGCAAUAUGAUAGCAUCCUUUUGGAAGCUACAUAUAUGUAACGAGUAUUUGUUUUGUUUUUGUUUAAGGUACACCGGGGUAAGUGUGGACGGGUUUUCGUAUAGUUCAACUUUAAAAAAUUAUUGAAAAAUCAGUAGCGGAGCAAUUUUCAUAAAAUUACGUUCAAUGUGAUGCAGAACAUGUUGUUUACAAACGCUGAAGAGAUGAGCUCGAUAGAAGCAAAGCGAUAAAAGUUAUCACGUAAAUUGUUAUGGACUGCUGGUGUCUUCACUUACCCCGCUUUAUGGGGUAAGUGUGGACGGUAGAUUUUCCCUUUGAUUUCUCAGGAAAUUUUCCAAAAAAAUGUGUUUUCUUGGUUGAAUACGUUACUUUAUGGCUCGAACCGUCCAAAAUUUUAAAAAAAGUUCAUGAUACUAUUAGUAAGGCAACUUUCAAUAAUCAUUGUCUGUAAUUUAUGUUGCAACACACGAGAUUCGAUUUUAUCAAAAACACAAAACAAACAAGUAGUUUACCCAACUUUUCAUGAUACGAAUGCUAAAUAUAGAUGAAUAAUCCCAUUCAUGAAGGAUGAAGGACAAAACAUUGUAAAUAUCAAGUCUUUUUAAACCCGUCCACACUUAACCCAGGUAGGGUGUUGGAGACAAAAUUUUAGUUUUUUGUAAAUAAACUCUUUUUUCUUUAUUUUUAACCGCCGUCUCUUGUCCUAACUGGUUGUUUGUAAUCUGAGGAUUGUUUCAAUGUAGAGUUUUUCGUCGAGGGCCAGCUAGCUUAGGAGAAGUUUGCAAUUGAAAAAGAUGCACAUCAACUCGACAUCGUAGUUGAAAAUAGAAAAUUCAAAAAAAGUCGCUGUAAACAUCCGUUAUUGUCUAAAUCGUAUCUUUUUCACAGUUAUUGGAUAGAUUACAAGUAAAUUGAACAUUCUGCAUUAAAAGUUUGAAAAAAUAGUGCACAGUAUUGUUUUAAUAGCCAUCGUCCACACAUACCCCGCGUCCACACUUACCCCGGUGUACCUUACACAUUUAAUUUUCUGUGUUUUCGGGCUACAAAUUUCCUUGCAACUCAUAAUGAACUAGGUUUGUAAGUUCCACUAUCCUAAUUCCCAGAAUUUGUUGAAAUCUCUCUUUUCCUUUAAUGGAUGAUACUCAAGAAUACCUCAAUAUGUUCAUUCCUUGGAAUCAACUGUUUAGCUGGUCGCAUUUUUUCCGGUAGAACCAACGUACGCUUCCCCUUGGUUUCGUAGCUUUUUCCGCAAGAUGAGUUUCCAGACUGCCUGAUUUCGUUGGCGUUUUUUGGGGUCUUGAUGAAUGGCCAGUGGACUCUCCAGAAGUGGACUCAUUCUCGUUAGCAACUGCAAGCAGCAAUUUCUGAUUCUCCAGAAGAACCGUGGAUGUUUAAUUUUUCUUUUUUUAGUCUAAUUCUACCAAGCCCCUUUCCUAAAAUGUUAUGUAAAUAUUCUUUAAAAGACUUAAUGUUAUUUUUUGUAAACUACCUGUCGACAACGACUUAUCUGAACUUUCCGAAGUCUCAUUUUGUUCCGUGGGAUAGUAUGUGACAUCAUGAUUAGAGCCUGUCAAAAAUCUGAAUCCUCUGAGCCUUCAUCCGAGAGAUUUUUCUUAGAUAUAUUUGCCAAAAAAUUAUUGUUAAGUGCGUUUCGUGUCUGCCUUUUAAAUACUUAUUAGUAUAAGCUAAAUUUGCCAUAAAAACGAAACAUUUUAGAAUUUCUCGUAUAAAUAACAAUGAGAAUUUUCAUGCCGACGAAGUUUCACCUGAAUCUAUUUCCAUCGCUUCUCUAUUGUUUAUUGUUUAUUGUUUAAAACAUCAACGGAUCACAUGUUGAUCCUAAUGAUUACUAACUAACAAAUUAAAAUUAAUAUCAACAUAAGACUUCACAAUACUUCAUACACUUAAAAUUUUUCUUCGGAAUACGUUCCUUGAGACGUCGAAGUCGAAAUGUUCGGAAAACCGAUUAAAAGUUUUUAGAAUGCCGAUGAAAGCGCUGUUAGCCCCUAAUUGUUCAGGCGAAUCGGAACGUAGAGCUGCAGGUUCUGGUUUCGUAAUCCUCGGGGUCGUACGCUGAGAGGUAUGGCCUCCAACAGUUCGGGGCAGUCGAUUCUAGAUGUUAGAAGGUCCGCUACAACUAGAGCACGUGUAGCAUUUCGGCGUGCUUGAAGCGUAUCUAAGCCUAUGAGACGGCAGCGGCUUACAUAGCUUGGUAAACGAAACGGAUCCUGCCAGUUUAAGUGUCGUAGAGCGUACCGCAAGAAUCGCCGCUGGAUAGCCUCGAUUCUUUCAGCUACGUUCUGGUAGAAAGGGCACCAAACAGCUGAAGCGUACUCGAGAAUAGAACGAACUAUGCAACAAUAAAGACUUUUCAGGCAGUAUACGUCUUUGAAAUCUUUGGCCAUACGAAACAAGAAUCCAAGGCUUCGAGAAGCUUUGUCGACAACAUAGUUCGUAUGAAUCUUGAACUCCAGCCUUCGGUCGAGAAUAACGCCCAGAUCGUUGAUAUGGUCCACCCGGAUGAUGGUUUGGUCUCCGAGGAUGUACUCUGCAUGAAGAGGAUGCCGCUUACGGGUAAACGAUAUUACCGAGCAUUUACUGCGGUUCAAGGGCAAGCAGUUGAUAUCGCACCAGUGAGCAAAUGCGGUGAAUUGCUGUUGGAGGAGGUUGAUGUCCUCUUGGCCGUUUAUAGUGUGAAAAAGUUUCAGGUCAUCGGCAUAAGCGAGCUUUGUGCCACCGAGGAGCGAGAGUACAUCAUUAAAAUAGAUCACGAAAAUGAUCGGUCCCAAAUGACUUCCUUGAGGCACUCCUGAAGAAGCAACGAACUGCCUAGAAAAGGAUUCACCAGUACGAACGGAUAACUUUCGUCCCAUUAAGUAACUCCGGAACCAAUCCAGUAGGGAACCACAGAAGCCUAAACGUUCGAGCUUUGCGAUUGCAAUUUCGUGGUUCACCUUAUCGAACGCAGCAGAGAGAUCUGUGUAAAUGGCAUCUGUUUGACUUUUCUUGGCAAAGCUGUCCUGCACGAACGAUGUAAAGCUCAGUAGGUUUGUAGUCGUGGAUCUUUUACACCCAAAUUAAUUUAGAAAUUUUUUCUACGGGAUUUUUCACGUAAACUAAGAUUUUGUUGCAUCCCAUCGAUUUUACGUGUGCCUGUAGUAAUUUCUUUACUUCUACGUAACUAGCGCAUGAAUUUCACGUAAAGUCUAAGUGAAUUCAUUUCUUUUCAUUUUUUUAGAGCGUGGUGUUUUAAAUUCUUAUUAGAAAAGGGAAUUGACAUUCAGUUGAUUUUUUUAGCUGUAGUGAAGGAAAGCAGAUUUUUUAAUCGUUCUCAAUCUUCCCUAGCAGAGAAAAUGCAUGUCAUUUUAAUUGGAUUUAACUUGAUCUCCUGGUAAGUGAUAAUGAUGCCAAAUUAUAAUUUUCUAAAUGUUUUGU